GAGAGAGAGAGAGAGAGAAAGGAAGAGUUUUGCAUACUUUAUUCUCUUCAAAUUUUGCUCUUUGAUUCACUGAGGUUUGGCACAACUGAGCCUUCUUCUUCUUCUUGUCUUCUCUUCUUUUCUCUCUUUGUUGUUGCCUGCUUGCCUGCCCACAUUGCAGUGGUUUCAUCAAGAUCUUAGCUUUGGCACUCACUAGUGCAUUAGAGUCUUGAAUCGGUUUGGAAAAGAGGAAAAAGGAGCAAUUUUGAUGAUGGGUAUGUGAGAAAGAUCCAAUCUUUGUAGCAAACGCAGGAGAAGGGAAAGAAGAGACAUUUGUGAGCUGUAUGAAGUUUGUUUGGAACAAUGAGAGAUGAGAAUCUGAAGAAAAGCAAGCUCUCAUGGUCAAAAAGUUUGGUGAGGAAAUGGUUCAAUAUCAAGAGCAAAGCUCAGGAUUUUUAUGCUGAUUAUUCAGUUGGGAGAGCAGGGGAUGAAGAAUGGAGGACCAGUUUCUCAGAGAUGGAGUCAUGCACAGUUAAGAAAAGCAAAACAGAGAGAUUUCUGAAGAAAAAACCAGAUCGGUUACGAGGAAAGUUUACUAAUCAUGAUUCAGUAGUUCAAGUUACAGAACUCCAAGAUUAUCGGAUUUUUGUUGCAACUUGGAAUGUUGGUGGGAAAUCUCCACCAAGUUAUAUGAAUCUUGAGGAUUGGCUUCAUGCUUCACCACCUGCAGAUAUAUAUGUUUUGGGAUUCCAAGAGAUUGUUCCUCUGAAUGCCGGGAAUGUCCUGGGUGCCGAAGACAAUGGCCCGGCGAAGAAAUGGGUGGCUCUUAUUAGAAAAACUUUGAAUAAUCUUCCUGGUGGUAGUAACAAUGGAGGUUAUCAAACACCAUCUCCGGUGCCUGAUCCGAUUGUGGAGCUAGACGAUGAUUUUGAAGGAUCGUCUACAAGGCAGAAGGCGUCGUCUUUCUUUCACCGUCAUUCGUUUCAGUCUCUAAGCCGGAGUUUAAGAAGGGAUGAAGAUAUGUUAGCUCAACAGCCUAGACUUGAUCGCCGGUACAGCGUUUGUGAUCGAGUAAGCUUUGGGAGAAGACCGAGUGAUUAUGAUUCCACUUAUCGAUGGGGAGGCUCGUCUGAUGAUGACAACAUCAGUGCUGAUUCGCCAAGCACGGCUGCCUUCUCGCCAAUGUCAUAUGGCUUUGGUUCAUCCUUAACUACAGAAGGAACUGAUGUAUCAGGACGAUCGAGAUAUUGUUUAGUAGCAAGCAAGCAAAUGGUCGGAAUAUUCCUGACGGUGUGGGUGCGAAGCGAAAUUAGAGAUGAUAUAAAGAACAUGAAAGUCUCUUGUGUUGGUAGAGGAUUGAUGGGGUAUCUUGGCAACAAAGGUUCAAUCUCCAUCAGCAUGUCUUUACACCAAACAAGCUUUUGCUUCAUAUGUAGCCAUUUGACGUCAGGGCAAAAGGAAGGCGAUGAACUACGAAGAAAUUCUGAUGUCUUUGAGAUUCUGAGAAAGACUAGAUUCCCAAGAGUUCAUGGAAUUUGCGACGAAAAGUCACCUGAAACUAUCCUUGAGCAUGAUAGGAUCAUAUGGCUUGGCGAUUUGAAUUACCGAAUUGCUCUUUCGUACCGUUCUGUGAAGGCACUUGUUGAGAUGCGCAAUUGGAGAGCAUUGUUGGAAAAGGAUCAGCUUAGGAUAGAGCAACGGAGUGGCCGUGUCUUUCGGGGCUGGAGUGAAGGAAGAAUCUAUUUUCCACCAACAUAUAAGUAUUCGAAUAACUCAGAUCGGUACACCGGUGAUGAAAUGCACCCAAAAGAGAAACGCCGGACACCUGCUUGGUGUGAUCGAAUUCUAUGGUACGGCAAUGGCCUGAAUCAGUUAUCCUAUGUUCGGGGAGAAUCAAGGUUCUCCGACCAUAGGCCGGUUUACAGCAUUUUUUCAGCAGAGGUUGAACUUGUAAAUCCAAACCUAAUCAAAAACAUGGUUUGCUCAAGUGCUCGAGUGGAGGUCGAAGAGCUUUUACCGUAUUCUCACGGCUACGCCGAGCUCAGCUUCUUUUGAUCAAGUUACUACAUUUCUUUCACCAAUUAACUAACAGGUUUCCUAUAAAGAGCUCGGCUAUUCGUUUUUUCCCUUAUACUUGACAGAAACCGAAGAAUGAAGAGAAUAUUCGUCAACAUCUAAUUAACAAGGCAA